CGAACGAACUCCCUUCCUUUCUUGAUGCCUCGGCGCAAAAUCCACCGUUCUUGAAGGCCAUGUCGCCCUCCCGCCCACCCUCUGCGAUAGGCGGCAGGUUUCCUUCUCCUUCCUCGUCCGGCUUGCUUCCCAUGCCUGGGUCCCCUUCCUCGUCGUGGGCACUUUAUCGCGCCCGCCUGUCGGCUCUCCUACGCCAUGCUGACACCCACGUUAUCGUUGCCUUUUGGCUGCUUGGCCUGAUCAACAAUGUCCUCUACGUGAUCAUCCUCUCCGCUGCGCAAGACCUCGUCGGGUCCUCCGUCCCCAAGGGCGUCGUCCUCCUCGCCGACGUCAUGCCCGCCUUCGUCACCAAACUCGUCGCUCCCUACUUCAUCCACCGAGUCCCCUACUCCAUACGCGUGCUCGUCAUGAUCGCCCUCUCGACCUCCGGCAUGCUCCUCCUCGCCCUCACCCCGCCGUCCCAGUCCGUCGCCGUCAAGAUGGUCGGCGUCGUCCUCGCCUCGUUGAGCUCCGGCGGCGGCGAGCUCAGCUUCCUCGGCCUGACCCACUACUACGGCCCCCUGAGCCUGGCGGGCUGGGGCGGCGGUACCGGCGCCGCCGGUCUCGUGGGGGCCGGCCUCUACGUCGUCAUGACCGACUGGUGGGGGUUCAGCGUCCGCGACGGCCUCCUCUUCAGCGCCUGUCUCCCCGCCGUCAUGCUCGUCAGCUUCUUCGUCGUCCUGCCGCGGGGCCCGUUGCGCCAGAGUACCAAGCUGACGGAGUACACCGCCGUGCCGGAGCGGGAUCUCGACGACCAGGACGUGGACGAUUUACCCCAGAGCGCUGCGUCGGCCGCCCUCCUCGCGCCCGGUCCCUCGUCCACUGCGGUGGCGUAUUCCGCUCACCGUGAGCAGCCGGCGGUGCCGCGGAAUACCUCGAUUCGUGCCAACCUUCGCCGUGCGGGGAAGCUGUUCAUCCCUUACAUGCUGCCCCUGCUGCUGGUGUAUAUCGCCGAGUACACCAUCAACCAGGGCGUCACCCCUACGCUGCUCUUCCCGCUCGAUGGCACCCCGUUCAAGGAGUUCCGCGAGUUUUACCCCAUGUACGGCUUCCUCUACCAGCUGGGCGUCUUCAUUUCCCGCUCGUCCAUCCCGUGGGUGCGCAUUCAUAACUUGUACCUGCCGUCCCUCUUGCAGGUCGGCAACUUAGUCCUCCUCGCCCUCCAUGCCAUGUUCGACUUCAUCCCGUCCGUGUAUAUCGUGUUUAUCCUUAUUUUCUGGGAAGGUUUGUUGGGCGGCGCCGUGUACGUGAACACGUUCGCCGAGAUUCUGGACGAGGUUCCGGCCGAGGAUCGCGAGUUCAGCCUUAGCGCCACCAGUGUAAGUGAUAGCGGAGGCAUUUGCAUCGCAGGCUUCCUGAGCAUCUUCAUGGAGGUCCGGUUAUGUAACUGGCAAGUCUCGCGUGGGCGGGAUUGGUGCCGGAGAAUCGAGGUUGGUUAAACACUGUACGCGCUGCGAGUCGACGGGACGAAUGUAGAAAGCAAGGAGAUUCAGCUCGCGCCCGUGUUGUAAGAAUCGUUCAAGAAUUAAUUACAACAUUCCGGCCAAGUAUUUCUUUCAGGUUGGGCUAGUGGGCCGUCCACGGUAGUGAGACAUGACAGACUUUAGAAACGCACGUCACUCAGGACCAGCGGUCAGGCACUUCAAUUUACCCGUUCUACCUCGACACCGCUGCUAUCGUUUUCCCAUGAAGGUAUUGUACAAGUCGUACCUCCCCCUCCG